AUGGUUGUGGGGAGAGCUUUCAAAGCAAAAAAUUACACCACAUGCACUGCCGUCAACUCCACUACUGACAUCGAUGCGUCAAGUCCUACGAAUCACGAAGAACUCGUUGAAUUGGUCAACAACUUCUGGAGACUUGAAACAAUUGGGAUACUGGACAACCCUUCUCAACAAGAUGAUGAACAAUGUCUUAAACACUUCAACAAUACUGUCUACUACGAUGAGACACAGAAAAGAAAUAUCAUGAGAUUUUCAAAGACCAACUACAGAGGCAGAUCAUCGAGCGAGUACCGACCAAUGAUGUUACAAAUUCUUGUCAUUAUUUGUCACAUCAUGGAGUUGUCAAGAAGGACGGCGAAAACAUAA